CCUUGUCAAGAAGCGCUGAUACUGAUGCUUUACAGCCUUCAGGCAUUCCUUUCCCAUGGCGCGCACGAGCAACUCCCGCAUCUUUCCUUGUCUCGCGCGCCGAGCGAGCCGCUCUCCUCCUAGCGUGACGGUGUCCCCAACCGGUAUCCGACUCGGCGAUAGAUGACACAGCCGCAGCUGCAGCUCACGGUACGUCACGGUGCACAGGUCGAACGACCGCCCGGGCCCUGAGCGCUGCAUCUUACUGGCACCCAAGGUCGUCUGUCCACGAUCACUGAGAGCCUUCGACACCUCUACCUUAGGCACACGGCACUCCAUGACACUUGUAGUGUGGAUUGGCACCCUUCUCGGGGCUUUUGUGCUCUGGCAGCUUGUAGGACGACUUUCGGCGCCCAACGGUUUGGCGACCGUCGCUGGACCGCAGAGAGAACGUUGGCUGACCGGUAACUUCCACAGACUGUUCAAGGACGGUCUCGAGUACAAUCUAGGGCUUAUUCGUCAGUAUGGCGGUGUGGUAAAGGUCUACGGGCCUCUUGGGGCCCAGCAGCUACUGGUCUCCGACCCGCGUGCCUUGCACCACGUCGUUGUCAAGGACCAGGACGUCUACCAUGAGACUGAUAUGUUCCUCAUGACCAACCACCUUAUCUUCGGCGAGGGUCUGAUCGCAACAGUCGGGGAGCAGCACAAGAAGCAGCGCAAGAUGCUUAAUCCGGUCUUCUCGCUCGCCAAUAUGCGAGCGGUGCUGCCCACAGUCGCGCCUAUCGCAAAUAAGCUCCUCGAGCGCAUUCAAGCACAGCUUUCGGAAGGUGGGGGUACAGCUGAGAUCGACGUUCUCCCUUGGGCCGGGCGCGUUACCAUGGACCUUUUGGGCGGCGCGGUCUUGGGCAUAUCACUGGACGCCCUGGACCCCGAGAAGACGAAGGAGCACGCGCUCACCAUUCGCAAAGUCAGCCGCGCGGCUCUGAAGGUGCUCGUCCUUCGACCGUUCAUCCCGAUGGCCGUCCGGAAUUUCUCGCUCUACUGGCGCAACAAGAUGGUCGACUGGCUGCCGUGGCCGGCUCUGCGCGAGAUGCGCGAGCUGUCGCGCACUCUGGAUAGGUGUGCGCGGAACGUCUUCCAUGAGAAGAAGGAUGAGCUGGAGAACGGCAUCACGAACGAUUACGACGGCCCGCGGAGGAGCUUGAUGACUAUCAUGCUGGAGGCGAACCAGUCCGGCUCGGAGAAGGAACGAUUGACUGAUGAAGAGCUCAUCGGACAGAUCAACACCCUUCUCAUCGGCGGUGACACGGUGACAACCGCCGUGGCGCGCGUCUUCUGGAUCCUCGCUCGCGAACAGGGCGCACAGGCACGUCUACGGAGCGAGAUCAAGAAAGCAAAGAUGGCGAUCGCGGUCGACGACGGCAUGGAAGACGAGUGGGAGAAGGUUCCUCUCUCGUACGACACGCUCGUCAGCCUGCCCUAUCUCGACGCCGUCGUGCGCGAGACCCUGCGAUUGUACCCCCCGACCAGCCUGAUCAACCGCGUCGCGACAAAAGACGCUGUCCUCCCUCUCCAAGACCCCAUCCGCACGACGGCCGGCGAAGAGACCACGGCGGUGCACGUGCCCGCGGGGACGAACAUCAUCAUCUCCAUCCUCGGCUCGAACCACAAUAAGCGGAUCUGGGGCGACGACGCGGACCAGUGGCGCCCCGAGCGUUGGCUGACUGCAAGCGGGGAGCGCAUCGGGUGGGGUAAGAAUGUCGACCUCGCGUUCGACGACGACGCGGAAGGUCAUGUCGCGGAGGGCACGCCGGGGUACAGGAAUGGGGUCAAGUACCCCGGGGUCUACGCAACUAUGAUGACUUUCCUCGGCGGUAGUCGCGCCUGCAUAGGCUUCAAGUUCGCGGAGAUGGAGCUGAAACAAGUCCUAGCGACGCUCAUCUCGUCCCUACACUUCUCCCUACCUUCUGCGACCAACGAAGACGGCGUGCGCAAGGAGAUUUAUUGGCGCAUGGACGGCUUGCAAGUCCCCGUUGUCCUUCCGCCGCAUGGAGAUGGCAAGUCUCCAAGUGUACCGCUGGACGUGAGGGCUGCGAGAGAGACCGAUUUCUUGUAGGACGCACCAAUGCAAUGUGAUCAAUAUGUAUCAACCAAUCAUCCAUGUUCCGGAGUCAUAGAGGAUGUCUUCGCUCCGCAAUGGAACCCCUGGUACCAACGGC